GGCCGGGCUGAGCAGAGCGGGCGCCCGCAGGUGCUGAUGCGGUGCUGGCAGCCGGUGCGGGACGGGCCGCUGCUAUGGGACGCCUCCCGCUCGGAGCCCUGGGCCACCUGGGUGCUGCUGGCCUGCUUCAUCCUGCACUUCGUGGCCUGGCUCAUCAUCUUCAGCAUCAUCCUCAUUUUCGACUACGCCGAGCUCAUGGGGGUCAAGCAGGUCUAUUAUCACUGCCUGGGCAUGGGUGACCCCCUGGCUUUGAAGUCGGUGCGUGCCGUGCGGCUCUACUCCCACCUGCGCCACCCCGUGUACCUGGAGUUUCUCCUCAUCCUGUGGGCCGUGCCCUGCCUCUCCCUGGACCGCCUCCUGCUGGCCACCCUCUUCACCGCCUACAUGACCUGUGGGCACAGCCUGGACCAACAGGACUACCUCUACCUCCGCGCCCAGCUUGAUAAGAAGUUCCAGGUCUUCUCCCGUGAGGAAGCUGCCUAUGGGGACCUGCUGGCCCGCAACGGCCCUGUCGUGAGCAAGGAGAGCUGAGUGGGAGCAGGCCCCAGCUGGAUGGCUUUUACCUAGGGGGAGGUCUGGCGCAGUGGUGCCCUUCCCCACCCCCCCCACCUUGCCAAGCACUGAUGCCCUUAGCUCUGCACUUAGUACUGUAGUGUUAGGAUCUCUCCUGAGUCCCUAGAAGUCACAGCUGCCUGCAAAAGCAACCUUGGAGUCUAGGCUCCCUUCCCCAUGCUGUGACCCACUGGAUCACUCUUCCUUCCCAGAGCUGCAGUAGAACCCAUGAGUCCGGGCUCCCAGCCCACUUGCCCAGCUCCACUUUCUAGGUACCAUUGCCCUCACAGAGCUGGGUAGAGUUUGGUCUCUCUCCUCCCUCCCCCAUUGUAACACUCUUCUUUCAUAGGGUCCUUAAGUUCAAUUCCUGGCUCUGAGAGGGGAGUAAAGUCUGGGUUACAGUGGGGAGGUCCAGAGUCAGGAUUCCUGCCUUCUAUUUUGAGCCCUGGGUUUAAUAGUUUCAGAGGCAUUUGAAGUCAGGACUCCUGGGCUCUUCCCUACUGCCUUCCCCAUAGUGAUGGACAUGUUGCCAAUCUGUGCUGCAAAAGAGUCUUGAAAAAUGGUUUCUAAAAAUGAAAGUAGGGUACUGUUUCUUCUGUAUUUAGGUACAAGGCAAAAAAAUGGCUCGAGUGAUAUGAAGAUGAGCUGGAAAGGAGGGAUGAUUAAUAGGAAGGGAAGUCCAUCCCUUUCUGGGGCCUUGGCUCUGACCUCCCACACUUCAGUGGCCAGUGGAUGCAAUGAAGGUGUGGGGAGAGCAGGGGAGUCAAGACAUGGGGAUCAGGACAUAGGGCCUCUUCCCUGCAGUGAGUGCCAGGCUCCUAUUAAAAGUUAGCUAGGAACUGUGCCGCAAAAUCCAAAGCCUGCUGAUGUUCAGGUCUCCUAUUCUAGCUUAAUGCAAGUGUUCUAGCUUAAUGCUUAAUUCAUUAUGGGGAUUGGGACAUUUUGGGUCCACCAGAAUCCCUGGGCCCCGUCUUGGAGAGGAAUGGUGUCCGAUGGGUUAGAGCAGAGGGGCUGAGCAUCAGGACCCCUGAGUUCCAUCCCCAGCACUCAGGAAGGGGGUCCUGUGGGUAGAGCAGAGGCUGAGCUGGGAUUCAGGAUACCUGGGUCCUAUUUCUGACUCAGGAAAGCAACCCCAACCUUAAUCGAUGCCUUAAUGAAGAACCUCUAUUUUUAACGCUGCCUUUUUGUGCAUGUGGGGGGUUUUUUGGUUCUUUUGUUUUGUUUUGUUUUGUUUUGUUUUGAACCUGAAGCUGAUAAAGUAUUUUUGUAUCUUGGGUUUUUGAGUGAUCUGGGAAAAGGCUAGUUUAAAACAAACAAACAAAUAAAUAACUAAAGAGAA